AUGCGCGAGCUCCAGAGCGUGGGAGAAGAGGCGGCGGCAUUGCCGCGAGCUGGAGUGCAGCUGAGUGAGGUGGUCCGCGUGCUCUUGAAGACCAACCAACACGGCCAAACCUCAGAGGCGGAAAUUAAGACCUUGAUCCACCAGGCCAACGUCAGACGAGAGGUAGCGGUCAACCUCAUCCUGGACAUGAAGCGCCUGGGCCACCCGUCUUUCAUUGGAGCCGAUGAGGACGCCGUCCGGGCCCGGGCGGCGGCCUUGCCCGAGGACGGGGUGCCGCCAGAAGUCUUACGCGUGGUCACUCUGCUGGAUGGCUCGGAGAAGAUCAACGACAAGCUGCUGCCGCAGAAGGCGGCGACCCCAGUGGAUGGCCGCAGUGACGCGGUUGAGGCGGGAAGAAUCUUCGCCGCCCCGCGGCCGCGGGGGGUCGUGGCAGAAGGCGAGCAAGCGCUGGAUCUCAACCAGACGCAGAUCGCCGCGAUGCGGCGGCUACAAGACGAGCUGACUUCGGACGCAGAGAAAGCGCUGCGGUCCUUGGAGGUGAGAACGGGCAACCAGUUGGUGGACCAAUUUCAGCCUCUUUAUUUCGCGGUGGCGUUCUGCUUCUGCUUUAAGUUCGGGACAGCCCGCCCCGACGUGAAGAAUGAAGUGAAGGGGGAGGCUCGCGACAGUCGACGGGCGCCUGGGGCUCCGCAGGUCGAUAUCCACGCGUGGGCCGCGGCUAUGCAGCGCCGUGUGGAGUCCCAGUUUCGCCGGGGCUGGAACUUCGGCUACUCCAUAUGGAACUACAUCUUCCGAACAGCAGUCAACCUACAGAAAAACGUCUACAUGUACUCGAUCCCAGACGAGUCAAAUCCUGAAAGGCGCCGACCGAUGACUGGCAAGGAAGUCCUCAAAGGCGCGAGUGACCUGCUGCGGGCGCUGGACAGCAAAUACGCGGACGUCUCCGGCGAGCUGAAGGCCGUCAAGGGCGACUUGGCCAAAACGACGCGGAGGAUCCCUGGCACCCAAGAGGUGCGGACUACUAUGCGUUUGCAAACACAUGCCAACCGCGUCUGUUACGGGCUCUCCGUCUUCCUAACGUUCUCCCCCUCGGAGCGCGAUACCGCGCUGAUGCUCCGCCUGGCCCGGGUCCGGCAAAGCGACCCCUCCUUGCAAAGCGACAGAGACAGAAGCUUCCAAUCUUGGAGCUCGCCCAAGCUAGACGAGGAGUUCUGUAGACUCUCGCCCGAGGCGCUCUUGGAGGAGCUUCCCGACUACGACGGCCUGCGCAACUGCGCGGCUUCCGACUCGCCCUGCGCUGACGCGUUUGGCAGCGACGCUACGGCCGGCUCCCUACAUGGCCACUUCCAAGUCUUUGUGCAGUGCUUCCACCAACAUACGCCCCUGUCGCAACUGAUGAAGCUGGAAGAAGAGGGCGGCGUGAGACGACUGUUCCAGAAGUACGCGAGCUACUCUGCCCAUGCGAGGCGCAGCGUCUAUUGUCGACCUGACCUAUGGCAAGAAGGGCUGCGCGAGACCGUGGAAGCCGAUUGGCCGGAAUAUAAAGAUAGCAGUUUGAUGCUGAGCCGGCCGGCGUAUCAGACCGACGCUUCGAUGAGCCCGGCCGACUGGAAAGCCCGUUUCCUGGAGGUGGAUGUAGAGGAGCUACAGCAGCGCAAGCAGCAUCACGUCCACCUGCCCGGCCCAGACGGGCAGCGACAGCCCUUGGCCCACUGCCAGGACGCCCGGGACCCGUCCAAAUGCAAGAGCGGCUUCCCCAGAGACAAGGCUCUAGUGGAUGGGACAGUCUUGGCGUGCCCCGGUCUCGGCCAGAAAUUUGAGCUACCUGUCAAAGGCAAGCGGAGCUUGCUCGGGGUCUGCUGGGGCCCGGUCAACGAGCCGAACCUCAACGGGAACCACCCCGCGUUCCUCGCGGCGCUGAGAUGCAACGGAGACCUGCAGCUACCCUACCGUUUCCCGAUCACUACCGAGACGCACAGCGACUCGCUUUGCGAGGAGAACUGCGCGGGCAGGCAAGCCAUUCGCUUGCUGAUCAGAGAGGCGCAGCUGACGCAGGCGGCGCAAGCUGGAAAUGCCUGCGACUACAUGAACAAGCGACUGGCGAUCGCCCGGGCCGAGAUCCAAGAGUGGCAGCGGGGGCAGCGGGACUUAGCGGCGGAUCUGGAAGACAAGCCGGUCGGCUACCUCGCGGCUCGAAGCAACAAGAGGCUGAUCACGGAUAUUUACUCCAGGGGGGUCUGCCGCGGCGCCGUGGAAUGCUGCAACCUGAUCGUCAACUCUGGCAAGAACGACCCGACCUCUGCGGAAACGAUUAAGACGGCCCCCGUGACGGAUAUUUCGCUGUCGUUUGGAUUGCGGCUGAUGGAAGCCGCGGAAACCGGUGAGCCGUGGCCCGUGGAGCCGCGGCGCCAGCAGCCGGAUAAGCGCGACUUUGGGCUGCGUCAGACUGUCUCCAGGCCGGCCUUUUGGACCUUCUACGGAUCGCGCGGAAAAGAUCCUCGAGUCUUCGAAUUAUCUGCCUUCGAAUUUGCUCGCCACUUCCAGUGCGCCGUAGCCAGACAUCCUCGCAAGGUCGCGGACUUAGGCUGCGAAGGCGAAGAGGAAGAGGAGGAGGGCGACGAGGGGCGCAAUUGCGGAGCCGAGUUCCACGCUUACUUGACAGACGAGGGCCAGAAGAUAUUCGCGCGUCUCCGCCGCGCCGCGCUACUGCCCGGGACGCACUAUCGCGUCAAGGAUCUCGGCGGCGAAGACUGGGUCGCGCUGAGCGACGGCGCUCUGGGGCAAACCUUCAGGCACGAUUGGGUAGCAGUCCUACGGCGCCGGCCCAACGUCCCUGUGGUUCAAGGCGCCUUAGGCAGCCGCUGCGACGAGGAUACUGCCAAGAAGGUGCUCCUGCUGUUCUUUCCAUGGACAAACGAUCCUUCAGAAGCUACCUCUCGCGUGCCCUAUUUGAGCAGCUUCAAGGCCCCGGGCGUCAAGACCUGGAGACACGCGCUGCGAUUCCGCCUGCUGCGAGACGGGUUCCCGACCGAGGAGGUCAAGCAGUUUGCUCAAAACUUCUGCUUCGUCUACGGCCUGCGACAAGCUGGAGGCGUGGCUCGUCGAAUGUUCGGGUCGAGCGAAAACAGCGACAACGAGUUCGAAGACGAGCCGAUGGAGCUGGAGGAGGAAGACCUCCUGGCGGCGCAGGCCACGCGCAUCAAAGGCGCCGCGCAGCCGGGCGAAGCUGGGGGAGAAGAGGAAGAAGACGCCGAGGCAGAGACGCCAGAAGACGCGACCGCCAAGGCGCAGCGGAUCGCCCGCACGGAGCAGAUGUUCCAGCUGUCCAAGGAAGUCUGGGGCGGGGCGGCCGCGUCCGGCGAGGGCGACCCAAGCUUCGCCCAACACUAUGCCGAUAUGGCGGCCAAGCAGGCCGUGGAAGACCACGACGAGCUCGAGGAGGCGGCCAAGGCCUCCCGCGAGAAAGCCAGCAAAGGAGGCGCCAAUGCAAAGGAGGGCCCCGGAGUGAGCGCGGUCCGCCCGCUCGUGACAAAGGCCGGCCUGCUCGGGUGGCUGGAAGCCAAGCGGCCCAACCUAAACGCCAAGCAGCAAGAAAUCUUGGCGCUAGUCGUGGAGCGGGUUCUGAUCGAGUGUGGCCUGCUCGCGCCGGAAGAGUCGAGUCGCCAAAGCGGCGAGCCCUUGGUGUGGCUAUUACACGGGCCUCCGGGCGCGGGAAAGUCUCACGUCCUGAAGUACUUGAGGGAACUCUUCGAAGAGCAGCUCGGCUACGUCCAAGGCAUCGACUACGAGGUCGCCGCCUUCCAGGCUGUGAACGCCGCGGACAUCAAGGGCAAGACGAUCCACAACGUCUGUGGUUUGAGCGCCGACUGGAAGGCCGUCGACCGCGCCGUCAGCAAGGAGGUGGCGAAGCGGAUGGGGCUCUGGCGCUGGCUCAUCAUCGACGAAGUCAGCAUGGUGAACGCCCGGCUCCUGGCGCAAGUGGAUCAGCGCCUGCGCAGCGCGGUGCCAGACGUGGCGGCUUGGAAGCUCGACCCCUCCGCCAACUCCUCCCCGCCCGACGACUUGACGGCCCCGGACCCCUUGGCGGACUAUGGCAGGGAGCUGUUCUGGGGCGGCGCCGUCCAAGGCGUCACCGAGUUGGAGGAGCGGGAGAGAUGCAAGGACGGCUGGUGGAAUGCAGUUGUGGACGAGCUACGAGCCGGGCACCUCUCGGAGCGCAACUGGAAAUAUCUCCAUGGGCUCCCGGUGGAAGGCUGCGCCCUGUCCGACGAAGAACGGGCGUCUCGACGACGAGUCGUCGCGGGCCACAUCGACCCGCGGCUCCAGGAAGCCAAGUUCAAGCAGGCGCCAGUCAUCGUCGCGAACAACGACGCCAAGUUUCAGAUCAACAAAGACCGCGCGCGGCGCUAUUCGAAGGAGUCGGGCGCGCCGCUGCGGUGGGCCGCCGCCGCUGACAGGCCGGGCUUGGCGCUCUUGCAGACUCAGGCCUGCGACAAGGCGGCGAGGGUCCGUUGGCUGCAAUACCAUGACAGGGACACUGGAAACCUGUGUGGAACGCUACCGCUUGCCGUGGGCAUGAAGGUGGCGCUGACAGAGCACUUGGACAGGUCUGAAGACAAGCUCCUUCUACGCGGCGCGACGGGGUUCGUGCAUUCCUGGCGCUGGCCUCCUGGCGCGCGGCAGCCUACCCACGUCUAUGUGAAGUUUCAAGGCGCGGAGUGGCAGCUCGAAGGCGCGCCGGAGCCGGGCCUCUAUCCGGUCACGCGGCAAACCAAGGUCUGGUUCCUGGACGGCGGCAGGCCCAAGCCCGUGCUGAGGAUCUCCCGAACUCAGAUCCCGCUAGUGCCGGCCUACGCCGUCACUGCCCACGGGAGUCAGGGUAAGACCUUGCCGGCGGCCAUGGCCGACUUCAACGUGGACAGGUGGACGGACAUCACCUUCGGAACCGUGGCCGGCAGCCGCGUGAGGAGCCGUGAAGAUAUCCUCAUUUUGCGGCCGUUCCCGCUCUGGCUCUUCCAGCGGGGUGCGCCAGAGGGGCCAGAGUUGCUGCUGAAGACUCUCCGAGGUGAAAAGAUUGAUUGGGUCAACUACCGCGAGGCCCGCGCGCCCCGCGCGCCGUGCCAACAAUGCAAAGUGGUUAAGCCUUUCGACUACUUCGCGGACGCCCAGUGGGACAAAGCCAGAGCCAACCUGCCUGCCACUUGUCUGACUUGCAUUCAUAAGGAUGGAGGCGCCUGCAAGCGCAAACUGCCUUCCAAUGUUGAGCGGCUGCGCUGCAUUGGCUGCGGCUUCGAGAAAGUGGAGCACGCGUUUCCCCGAGCUCAACUUCGGCAGCCUCGUGCAGAAGAAAGGCGAAAUUGCAUCGCGUGUUUGAAGAACGUCUCGGAGUUGACUUGCUCGCAAUGCGCAGAGGUGAAGCCGCUGAAGGAGUUCCACCUAUCUGCGUUGACGCUGCCGUGGGCGGCCGCGUGUCAAAGUUGCCAGGACGCGGUGCGCGGCAAGGCUCGUCGGCUCCGGGCCGGAUGGGAGAAGUGCCGAGGCUGCGCGGCUUUUCUGCCCACGUCUUCUGCCGUCUACAUCAACCAACGCUGCCCCAACCGCGCGGCAGAUCGCAAACGGGGCGAACGUACUUGUCUCAGAUGCAAGAGGAAAUGGAGCGAGAAUUCGGCGGAAGAACAGAUCCGCAAACGAUUCUGCCCGAAGUGCCGCUAG